UUUAAAAGCUGUGAUGGAGUAUAAAGUAUAAAAAGCAUUUAAUAAAAAUUAGUAAAUUACAAAUUGUGACCCUGGAAAAAAGACCCUUUUAAUCCGCUGAGGUAUAUUUGUAGCAAUAGCCAAAAAACAUUGUAUGGGUCAAAAUUACAGAUUUUUCUUUAUAGCCAAAAAAAGAUAUUAAAUUUCUUGCCGUAAAUAUAUUAAAAUGCAAACCGUACAUCAAUGGAAGGCUUAUUUAUUCAUCUUUCAGAUGAUGUAUAAAUCUUAAUUUUGAAAAAUGUACACUUAUGACUGGAAUUGUGGUCCUGCAUAACAGUUUCAAUCGAAAUAUUGCAUUUAGUUUAAAAAAAAUACAAUAUUACAGGAUCUGGGAAAAAAUGUUUUUUUUAUUUUUUCUUCAAUGUUUCCACAGUAGGGGGCGUCAUUUUCUUAAACAGGAACAUUCUGAUAUUGGCGUCCAAAGUGAACAUAACUUGAAUGGUUUUCUUUUUUUUGUUUUCUUAAUUAUUUUUCAUAUUUGCAGCCGUAGCAGACAUGCAUCCUCAAUAUUUGAGCUUUGGCGCUCCGGUGAGGAUGCAGGUUCGAGUACGGUCUGCAUCCCAUCCACAUUUCCAGCCUCUAACAACUGUUUUGUUUUUUAAAGAAAAUGCUUAAAAGCUCAUAAAAAAUUCCCUUUAAAGAUAGGAGAAAUUUGCUAACGCAACACUUUUUUUUUUAACCCAGUGAGAAGUUAAAAGUACGUUCAUGAAUGUCUUUUUAUUUCGAAUUCUUCAGAAACAGUCAGUUAAAAGUUUAAUUAUGCCUUUUUGACGAACCUAGAGAUUUUGUCGAAAUGGCUCCAUGUAUAGAAGCAGCACCCUGCCCUCAUCUCUCUAGCGACAACCACAUAAUGAAUGACCGCUCUCUCCGUCGCUCUCCGUCUCUGACUCCACCCAUCUGCAGCGUUGUAUAAGUAGCGUCCUGAUCUUUCUCCUCAGUAAUUCCUCUUCAGAUUCUCCCAGGAGUUUCGACCCCUGACCUCCGAAGGAUGGAUAACGCCACAUACAGCUACGUGAACGACUGCACUCCGCUCACCAACUGUAAAUCUGGCCGAAAGGCUGGCGGCUCUACGGUGGUCAACAUGAGUCACGUGGGCAAGAAGCCACCGAACGACUACCUGAUCUGGUCGCUCUGCAACACUCUUUACGUCAACUUCUGCUGCUUGGGAUUCAUGGCGCUGAUCUACUCCAUCAAGGCUCGAGAUCAGAAGACCUUGGGCGACAUGCGUGCCGCGCAGGAAUGCUCGGACAAAGCGAAGUGGUACAACAUUCUGGCAUCGGGCUGGAAUCUCCUGAUUCCUCUGCUGGUGUUGGGUCUACUGGUCCUGCUCCUGGUUCAUCUGGGGAGCUCAGAGGGAACGUUUGAUUUCUUCGGCGAAGACGGAUUCCAGAGCUUCAUGAAGCUCUUCAGCAGGUAGACAGAGCCACUCGAACAAUCCCACCACCAAAAACUCCUGCAAACCUUCUGGACUGUUCACCCUCUCUUCACUUCAUCAACAUGUUUUUUUUCUUUGGCUCUGUGAUGAUUUAUUAUUAUUUAGAUUUUUAGAAUUAAUGUCAAUGUAGUGUAUAUUAACUCAUAUCUACCCUGCGAUUCUAUUUUAUGAAGUAAAUUGGCUCAACUGUAUUUAAUAAAAUAUUUAAUUUCCUCAA